AUGAACAAGGCGACGAAUCAAUUUCUGAUUUCAAUUUAUCUGUUAUACAUUAUAAUAUUUUCCGCGCUAUGUCACACCGAGGAAUUAUCAAAUCCAUAUUUCGAGAUACGAAGUGAGGGAAGGCGCUCCUUUACGAUAUCCAAGAAGGCACUGCUCGCGUUUAGAUCGAGGAAAAACCCCACGAAACGAAUUGUGAACUUCAAACAUCUCCAUUCUCUGUUGAAC